CAUAAUGUUGAAUGAAAGAAGCCAAAUUCAAAUGAGUACAUUCUGUGUGAUUUCACUUACAUGAAGUUCAAAAGUAAGAAGAAUUAAUCUGUACUGAUAGAAAUCAGAGAGUGGUUGGUUAUCUUUGGAGGGUAUCAACUGGUAGGGGGGCACAAGAGAACCUUCUGGGGACCUGAAAAUAUGCUGAACUGGGUGGUGGCUACAUGGCUUAUAGCAGAUGGAAAAAUUCAUCAGUCUGUAAACUUAAGUGAUGUGCCCCUCACUCUACUCAAGUUAAAAGGAGGAAACAACGAUUUAAAAACAGGGUAUUGGCUCUGCAAAUACAGCUUCAAGGCAAGUCCCUUAGUUGUCCCCACCCCAACCUAAGUCACCACCCUUAUGUUCCUCCUGUGUGGAAUUCUGAAGUCUCUCCUGUAGAGAACUUUGGAAGUUGCCACAUUGCUUGGCUCCAGAGUGUGUAUUUGUGUGGGGUUACAUAAAUCUGAUCUGUGGAGGCCACCUAAGGUUGAGAUGAGGUAGAGGGCAUUCUUCAGGAGGGAGCUAAAGCCUCAUCAUACAUGAGUGCAUGGCAUCGUCCCUUAGUAGGGGACCAUAGCAUUUAUCUUCCAAACCAGGACAUUUCUGAGAACGAAAGGGGGCUCCAUUAAUAUUUGCACCAGGACAACAGGCAUGGACUGGGAUAUCUCAGGAAAGGCAUAUAUAAAGGAACUGCUUGAUCUGAAACCUGCCAGAUGGCCUGGAAAGUACACAUACUGGGACAGGUGUGACUUGAGCGGUCUGGGACAAGGACGAGGGUACAAGAGGAGGAAAUGGGCACAGAGAGAAGCCUGUAAUCAGCCAAGGGUGCAGAGGUGUUAUAUAUAAUCGCUCUUCAGGGAACCGGGCCUCCAGCCCACACCCCAGCUGCUCCCCCUUCUCCUCCCCGAAUUGACUGUCCCUUCUCUGUAACUCCUGAACCUGACCUUGCUUCCCUGGCCCUCCCAGCCCACAGUUCCCCUGACCCCACUCCCUUUCCCAGAAAUCAGUCGACUGAGCCCCCAGCCUGCGGUUUGCUCCUAGGCCUCUGCCUUUCCUGCCUUCGGCUGAAACAGCAGCAUCUUCUAAGCCCUGGGGGCUUCCCCAGGCCCCAGCCCCGGCCUAGAACCCGCCCGCCGCCUGCUACGCUGCCACCGCCGCUUCCUCUAUAAAGGGACCCAGGCGUCCGGGCACAGGGGCUCCGCACAGCAGGUUCUCCCCAUGACACCGUCUGGACGGCUCUACCUCCUGAGGGUGUGCAGCGCCCCCCGCCGCCUACUCCUUCUGGGGCUGCUGCUGGCCCUGCUGCCUGAGGCCCAGGGGCUCCCUGGUGUUGGCUUUUCACCCUCUGCUGCCCAGACUGCCCAUCUGCACUCCCAGAAGCACUUCACAAAAGGCACCCUCAAACCUGCUGCUCAUCUUGUUGGAGACCCCAGCACCCAGAACUUGCUGCGCUGGAGAGCAAACACAGAUCGUGCCUUCCUCCGCCAUGGCUUCUCUUUGAGCAACAAUUCCCUCCUUGUCCCCACCAGUGGCCUCUACUUUGUCUACUCCCAGGUGGUCUUCUCUGGGGAAGGCUGCUUCCCCAAGGCCACCCCUACCCCUCUCUACCUAGCCCAUGAGGUCCAGCUCUUCUCCUCUCAGUACCCCUUCCAUGUGCCGCUCCUCAGCGCUCAGAAAUCUGUGUGCCCAGGGCCACAGGGCCCAUGGGUGCGCUCGGUGUACCAGGGGGCUGUGUUCCUGCUCACCCAGGGAGACCAGCUCUCCACUCACACAGACGGCAUCUCCCACCUACUCCUCAGUCCCAGUAGUGUCUUCUUUGGAGCCUUUGCUCUAUAGAAAAAUCUAGAAGGAGAAAAUAUUGGUUUUAAGGUCUUCUCCCCAUUUUGCCUCCAUUCUGACCCACCCACACCUCUCCUUCCACCACUCCAAUGUUCUUAGCUAUUCCCCACUCUCAUCACCUGAAGCUUCCAAAGAAGGAAUCCCAGGCAUCCCAGGGGACCACACCUCCUUGAACCACCCUGGAUGCUUACCAAAGAUUUCAAGCCUGCCUAGAAAUUCCUGCCCAGAGCUCUUCAUCUGUCCUGCCAGUCUAGGGAGGUCUAGCCCUGGACGUGGAAAGAGAGCAGACACAUGAAGGAGUGGGGUUGGAGGCAGGGAGGGGGGUUAUUUAUGAAGGGAAAAAUUAAAUUAUUUAUUUAUGAAGGAUGGAGGGAAGGGAAUAAUAGACGGACAUCAGAAGAGAGAUAAAAAUGCCUAAGAGACAAAGAGCAAGAGGGCAUGGGCACUAGGAUAAUAGCUAUGGAGAGGGAAAGCGGGUCUGAGGUACCAACGGGCUCCAGGAGGAAGUGAGAGGCUCCUAAGAGCCAACCACAGCUUGACUAGAUACCCCACAGGGAGACAUCUGCACCCUCCAUGAAGCCCAAUAAACCU